AUGGCUCCAGCUAAAACUCCAGAAAGGCGAAGUCACAUUAUAAGUAGAGCCUCUCCCGCUGCAGGGAUUGGAUCAGUUUCGCGAACUCCGCGUUUUAUCUUUGGGUCAACUGCUCCCUCGAGCGCUGCAUCUCAGUUUGCAGCAACGCCGCGUUUUCACUUUACUGAAAGGGGCGGACAUGUUUCCGACGUCGAGACCGACAUUGGCGAUGCUGUACCUCCAUCCUCUGCCCUUGCAGACGUUGGCAUGCAGACAGGAGACUCGCCAUGUAUGUAUUCGAGGGAGGAUGAAAUACAAGAUUCCAAUAGCGAUGAGGAGGAAAUUCUAUUCCAUGAUGACUCUAGUUCUUCCCCAUUAGGGGGAUACACAGAAACUCAGAACGACGAAGGGGGGUUUGAUGUUGAUGCCGAAAUCGAUUCCACUUUUCCCCCAACACCUGAAGGACGCAAGGCAAAACGUCGGAGAGUAUCAUCUCCUACUCUUGACAACCCUAACGCGGAUACAAUCUCUUCAUGCCCGUCUCAUCCAUCUACGUCUCCGUCAUCGCCCCAACCUCACUCACCCGUCUCCUCAAUCGCAUCACCGAAUACUCCAUUCCGUCAAGUCAUAUCCCAUGAGUCAGUUACCCCACUGCUUCCAUCAAGCAUAGCCUAUGGCGAGAGGCCUUCAUCGCCUACUGAACAGCCCUAUUUCCGUUUACAUCAUCAUCAGCCUUCCUCAUUUUCCAUAUCUACUCAUAUCACCUCUUCAUUCCAGAUGACGCCAACUAGUGCGCCAACCCCUUCACAACGACGACAACCGCACUUUAUCCUCCCUUUGACCCAUCCCAACCCCCCCGAGAAUCUCCAAAAUACCCAAAGCUUGGAUAAAAGAUCCUUUACCCCUGGUCGUCCUAGGCGCUCCAUCUCCACCACCCAAAACUGUGUACCGGGCGGCAUAGCCGCCUCUGUCCGCGGCUGGCUGCUCGAAGCAGAAGCAGCAAAACAUGCAUCCCAAUUCCACAGCACACAGACGAGCAGCACCCAGGGACCCAGGGAGAUGAAAAUGCUCCCCCCAGCACGACCAGCUAAUUACUACCUAGUAGCUGAAGUGGUUGAUAUCCGCCGUCAGGCGUCCUCCGACGUGUAUACUUCUGGCCAUCCUGCUCCUGUGACGUUAAUCAUAUCUAAUCCCAUAAGCAAUGCUUCCACAGCUAGCGCGAGUGGCACCGUCAGUACAAGCGCCCAUCGCACAGUGCCAUCCGCAAUUCGACAAGAGCCUCCAUCGCGCAAAAUCCUAGUAUUUGGGGACCCCAUCUCCACCCCAUCACGCACGCAGAAUCGCAGUAUUUCUGGCACUCCAGGGCAGCAUCCACACCGGAGUGCGUCAUCAUCUCAGCCGACUCAUACCGUGUCAAAGGGGGACAGAAUAGGAAUCCGUCGCGGGCUCGUUUGGGAGAUGGAAAUUGAAGAAUUUGGAAGUAACAGGCCAAUGAGAGAGGGUAGGGAAGGGGUGGAUUGUUUCGCACAUGUUGCUGGGAGUACCGAUGAAACUCGGGGACAGGAUGUCAGGGUGGAGAAGUGGGUGGUUGGUGUUGAGUGGGAUAUAUUGUGA